CCACACCCUAUUUAAACCCCGCUAGCUCGAUUAGGUCGCUAGUCGAAUGAACAAUGGGCUUUGUGGGCAAAAUUCUUCUUAUGGCGGCCUCUGCACUUGGCGUGGUUUACACAGUGGCUUCGAUAAUUGGAUAUCGAGUAAUAAUUGAAGCCGAAGUGAAACCGGAUUACGCAAAUGCCGCGAUAGCAUGCAUGUUUAUCACAUUCUUUAUCUACGCGGGUGCUCUGGUAUUCCUGUUCGUAACGCUGUGUUGUCCGUGUAGCGAUGUGAUAAUGGGCAUUAUCAUCGGUUGUACUGGCGGAGCAGCGUGCUUGUUUUCUAUUUUCUCCUAUGGGUCAAUGAACAAACAAUUGAUAGACCUAAAUACAAACUUACCGACAGUUGGUGAGUGGCUGUUUGGCAGUAUGGCAAUGGGUGCCGGAUUACUUUUGGUGGCGUUAACAAUGGCUGUUUCGUAAACUGUGUGAAUCGGAAGUUACUGCUUGGAUGAUUUCAUAUAUAUGUUACGCACAAAUAAAAAUUUUCCUAUAUCCAGUGAAGUAUCGGUUCCUACCAUUACAUCCUUGCAAAUUCAAUAUCAAAUAUCAAACA